AUGUCAAGUCCACAAGAUCUUACCCAACCCACGGCCAAGCCAGAAAUGUUUUUGACACAUGAAACGAUUCAUGAAAUGUUAGUAUUAGCAAAUGAUAAGCGCGUAACGAAAAAUGCGAACGGGUUGGGGUUCACUCAAUUUGGUGAGAUUGAUAUGAGCACGGAUUGGUGGGAUCAGUUGAUUAAGAUGUGUCCAGAAGCUGCAAAACAUCGUGUUCAUCCUUUACGUGAUAUUCCACUCCUUGAUUCUUUAUACCAUAAAGUUACUAUAUCUGCAGCGAAGGUUGGUAGAAUCAACAAGGAACAAGCCAAUUGCCUCAACAAAUAG